AUGCAAUACACAACGGGUCUGAUCCUGGCCGCGGCCGGCCUCGCUGCCGCUCAAUCAACUUCAACCGAGUCUGCAGCCGUGGCCAGUUCCACCGCGAUUUCCGGCUGCGGCAACUCCAUCGAUCUCAUCAUCCAGAACUGCCUCGGCACCGAGACUGCUCAGCUCAAUUCUUGCGCCGCCAACGACUGGGACUGUCUUUGCACACAGCAGACGAACGUUCUAACCUGCUAUAAUAAUUGUCCAAGCGACCCGAAUGCUUUCGGCGCUCAGCAGACUCAAAUUUCGUACUGCAACGCUGCUAAGGCGUAUGGCACUUCAUCCUCCGUCUCCGUCACAGCUACCGGUACCGUCUCCUCAUCCCUCUCCGCCGCUCUCGCUUCCGCGUCAGCAACGCAUACCGGGUCUUCCAGCCAGUCUGUCGCCAGCGGCUUCGCGACUGCUACCUCCUCAGGCGCCGCUGCUGGCUCCAGCACAGCUGCCGCCGCCACCGCAUCCUCAGCAGGUCAGUCUGGUGCUAGUGUCAUUGCUGCGCCAGCUGGCAUGGCAGCCAUCUUCGGCUUGCUUGCUCUCUUGUAA